AUGUCGGUAACAGCUAUGUCUGUGAUUGGCUACAACGAUCAUCGCUUUACGCUCUUUGCCGAGCACUUACACAGAUACACACGGGAGCAUUUGAAAGCCACGUCUAUCAGCACGGGGCAUCCUGCUACCGCUGGCAUGCUGAUGAACAAAAGGGAUUUAGAUCAAACAGACAGAGGGAAAACAAGAGAGAGAGACCAGCAUUUCAAAACCGGCCUAUCCAGACAGCAUUUUAAGGCAUCAGAAGCCAAAGCUUUUCCAAAAGGCUCCAAGGGACAUGCAGAAUGUGAAUCAGAUAUCAGCAUCGUGGUGGUGGAUCUCCUGCAGGAGCUGACCGACAUCGACACGCUUCACGAGAGCGAGGAGGGGGCCGAGGUGCUCAUCGACGCUCUGUUGGAGGGUCAGGUCGUAGCUCUCAUGGUGCAGAAUAUGGAGCGUUUGGACGAGACGGUGAAGGAGGAAGCUGAUGGAGUUUAUAACACUUUAGGUAAGUCACACACUAACCAACACGCCAAGAUGCCUUUUGAUGCCAAUAAGCUGUACUGCAGUGAAAUACUGGCUAUCCUGCUACAAAACAAUGACAAGCUCGAGGCGAUCAGCGGGCGCUCAGUGCUCAUGAAUCCUGCUGAGAGCAGCCUCACCUCGGUGUUUAAGCGUCAUAAUCCAACCACGGCGGAGGAACAGGAAAUGAUGGAGAAUCUGUUUGAUGCCCUCUGUUCCUGUCUCAUGCUUCCAGCCAAUCGUGAUCGUUUCCUCAGGGGGGAGGGGCUUCAGCUCAUGAACCUCAUGCUCAGGGAGAAGAAGAUGUCUCGAGUCAGCGCUCUGAAGGUCCUGGAUUACGGGAUGAUCGGUCCAGAGGGUUCGGAUAACUGUCACAAGUUUGUGGACAUCCUGGGCCUGCGGACCAUAUUCCCUCUGUUCAUGAAGACGCCCAAGAAGAUGAAGAAAGUGGGGAUAUCGGACAAGGAGCAUGAAGUGGUGUUUGGGUGCAUUUGUAACGUGCUCACCCUCGUUUGCUCUCUUCUGCAGGUCGACAGACUCAUGGAGCUGCAUUUUAAGUACCUGGAAGCCGUUCAGCUCGCAGACAAGAGGAUCGAAGGGGAGAAGCACGAUAUGGUUCGUCGUGGUGAGAUUAUCGACGACGCGAUGGACGAUGAGUUUUAUCUGCGGCGGUUGGACGCCGGACUCUUCGUUCUUCAGCUCGUCUGUUACAUCAUGGUGGAGAUCUGUAACGCUGGUGUUCCUCAGUUACAGCAGAGAGUCCAUCAGAUCCUCAAUCUCAGGGGAGGAUCCGUCAAAAUAGUUCGUCAUAUAAUGAGAGAAUACGCAGAAAAUAUUGGCGAUGGCAAGAGCGAGGAGUUUAAGGAAAGUGAGCAGAAGAGGAUUUUGGAACUGCUUGAGAAUUUCUAAAAAUCCAGUUGGAGCUCGGCGUGGGUUUUCCUCAGCAAUUUUUCUCUGUUACGGUUGAUGAUUCGGUGAUGCUACCUGGAUUUUUGAACACUCCUCCUCCUGUCCUGACUGGACCAGACAAAUCUGAUGUUGAAACAUUUGCGUGGCUGAUUGGAUCCCAACAGAUCGGAUUUGGAUAUUGUAUCUGUUGAUUUCCAACAUAUUUUGUUCAUGUUUAUUGCUGUUAUUGUUUUUUAGGCCAAAUAUUUUGUCAAAACAACUUAAAUUUUCUUAUAAUUAAAGUUUGUGCUUUUCUUUACUUCAUGCCGUUUCCUUCAUUAGAUUUCGUAGAUCACUUUCCACAAGACUUAAUGUCUCGUUAGACCAAUUUAUACAGGAAACAACUCUUGUGCUGAAACAUAAUUUAGGAAAAUGUUGCGUUUGUCUCUUUUCUCCUCUCCAGCGUUCCUGCAGACAGCUGAUUGUGGCUUUUUUUAUCUUUUCAGCCUUGUGUUUGUCAUCUCAUCAUUCAGGUUCCUUUAUAUGGAUCCUGGGUCCAAAAUGUACUUUCUAAACCUGCUAAUGGCUGGUGGAUUUUACUUUGUUGCAUUUUUGGCAUAUUUUUUUGUCUAGCCGCUUCUCCCUGGAAUAUGUGUCAAAUAUUGGACGCUAUUGUUGUGUCACUGGAAGCGCUAUACGUUUGCCAUUCUCUGAUUUUGUUUCUCAUAUUUUAGUUUCAGUGGGAAAUGUCAACACAUGGAGUUCUGGCAGUAAAAUAUUUGGCUUCUUAAUAAGCUAAGCCAAACAUCUGAAGGUAAAGUCAG